UUUGCUUACCACUCUCCUAUCCUCAUUUUCCCACCUCCGCCACUUCACUUCCCCCUUCAUUCCACCCUUCCCUCUUUCCAUCCUUCCUCUACUUCUCCCUCCCCUUCCCUUCCCGUCCUCACCUCUCUUUCCCCCCUCUCUGCCUCGGCCCGCUGCCCCGUGUGUGCAGUCGGGCUGAGGAAAUGUGUUUGUAAUUAAAGCCGAGCCUGCUGGCGGCACGCGGCUGACGUCAGCUCCAGGGCUGCACUGCCGACCGAGGCGGGUUUCGCAGAGUCGGGGAGUGGGGCAGAACGAGCGGAGCAGGGAAAACUUAGCACGUUGUGUGGGGCAGGGGAGUCAAGUGAAUGAGUGAAGAGGAAAGUGGAGGGGCAAGCGAGUUACUGCGGAAAGACCCUGAAGUCUGAACGGGUGGCGAAAGUUGCGCUGGAAUACGGGGUGCAUUUACUGACUUUAAACAGACCAUAAGGAGACGGUCACCUCUGUGAAGCCACUUCUCAAAGUCCCAUAAGAACGAGAAAAAGCCACUUUUUAAAAGUUCCUUUUCUCGGUGUGUGAAGAUGAUAUUUCAUCGGCUUGUAUUGAGGCUGCAGAAUUGCAUGUUGGAUUGAGUUAUUCAUUUGCAAUCAGAGGAACGAAAUUGGUUGGGAAAGCCACUCAACUGAACGGAACUCAAAGCAGCAGGAGACUGACCCAAGGUCCACGUGAAAAGGGAGGCAGCCGUGUUGUGUUUGUUGCCAUUGGAUGCUGUUCACCUGAGUGAAUAUCCACACACCUUCAAAGAAAAGAACGUGUAGAGCGCUGGCUCUUGGUCUAUAAGGCUGCCAAGAUGGAAGAACAAUGUUACUACAAUGAAAGCAUUGCAUUUUUUUACAACAACAGUAAAAAGCACCUAGCGACAGAAUGGAAUGCAGUCAGCAAGCUGGUCAUGGGCCUGGGCAUCACAGUCUGUAUCUUCAUCAUGCUUGCCAACCUACUUGUAAUGAUUGCCAUCUAUGUGAAUCGUCGCUUCCACUUCCCUAUUUAUUACCUAAUGGCCAACUUGGCGGCCGCGGACUUCUUUGCCGGCCUGGCGUACUUUUACCUCAUGUUCAACACAGGACCCAACACCCGCAGGCUGACUGUCAGCACGUGGCUGCUCCGUCAGGGCCUCAUUGACACCAGCCUCACUGCCUCUGUGGCCAACCUGCUGGCGAUUGCCAUUGAGAGGCACAUCACAGUCUUUCGGAUGCAGCUCCACACCAGGAUGAGCAACCGCCGGGUGGUGGUGGUGAUUGUUGUGAUCUGGACCAUGGCGAUCGUCAUGGGCGCAAUCCCCAGUGUGGGCUGGAAUUGCCUCUGCGACAUCAGGAUCUGCUCCACCAUGGCCCCUCUCUACAGCAGCUCCUACUUGGUCUUCUGGGCCAUUUUCAACCUGGUCACUUUUGUCGUCAUGGUGAUCCUCUACGCCCACAUCUUUGUCUAUGUGCGUCAGAGGACUAUGAGGAUGUCACGUCACAGUUCAGGACCCCGCAGAAACCGUGACACUAUGAUGAGCCUGUUGAAGACUGUUGCUAUAGUGCUUGGGGCGUUUAUCAUCUGCUGGACUCCGGGACUGGUUUUGCUAUUACUCGACGUGUUUUGCCCUGACUGCAAUGUCCUGACGUAUGAGAAGUUCUUCCUCCUGCUGGCUGAAUUCAACUCUGCCAUGAACCCCAUCAUCUACUCCUACCGUGACAAGGAGAUGAGUGCCACCUUCAAGCAGAUCCUCUGCUGCCAGCGGAAUGAGGGCAGCAAUGGUGCAGCCGAAGGCUCCGACCGUUCUGCUUCCUCCCUUAACCACACCAUCCUGAGCGGGAUACACAAUGACCAUUCAAUGGUGUAGCUGGAGGCCCAGGGGCUGUCCGUCACAAGAUAGCCAAGAUAUUUAACCACCUAGAUGUACACAAGUGGACCCCUAAAGACUAAAUGCUACACUAGCACCAGGACCAAUUCACAAACUAAUGCAAGAGGUUGUUGACAAAUAUUUUCUCUUUUAAUAGGACCUAGUGUGAUUCAGCUGUUAGUUAUGUGUUGGAGUCCUAAGUACUUGUGUUAUAUUACCUGCUAAACUGCAUUUAGCUGUAGAAGCUGAGGCUUUGUAAAAACAUAAUAAACUUAUUUUAUUCAACCCAUUAGCAUGCUUAGGAUGGACUAUUACAUAGCAGGCAAAGUUCAGUAUUUUAUUGUUACUUGUCAGUACCCACUCAAUACAAUGUUCUGUUUUAAAGGCAAGGAGAGCUUUCAAUUUAUGGCAAGCUUUCCCAGGAGCUUGGGAGACAGUAGAGGCUGUUCUUUUGGGACUUGCAAAUUUGUAAGCCAUUAACAAUUGACACGUGCCUGCUUUAUUUCUUGUUUUAAAAGUCCCUAUUAGUCAAUUGUUUCAAUUCUAAAAUUUGGCUUUCCAAACACAUGUUUAUACAGUGUAAGCAUAUAAUAGGUUAUAAACCUGUAAUAUACAGAUAUUGAUUCAGUAUUGACAAUUGAAUUCAUUCCAAUGAAAUAUUUUCAAUUUGUCUACCAUUUAAACCUCCUGAAUAAACAGUUCAUUGUUUGAAGCUUAGCUGACAUUAUUAACUCUUAAUUGCUGCUAAUGUAGCUUUUCAUAUUCAUGACUCUAUUACAAUUUAUAAAUGGAACUAAAACACUUUGUGAAUAUACGUAUAAAGAUGAACUAUUUAAUAUGGUCUGAUAUCUGCAUUUGAAAUAACAUGUUUGAAAAGUAUAGGUGAGUUUUUGAUUUCUCAUGAACAGGUACCAGUACUGUGUGUGUUGGCUAAAGGAGUUGCCUCAGGCUGAUGCGCCAUCAGCUUUUUGGGUAAAUGAAAUGCGUCGUUAAUAUGUGUAACAUCUUUUAGUUGACAAGGUAUAGCCCUGCCAAUCUGUUUUAUGUCAUUUGUGCCAAAGUACAUUCUAACUAAUAUUUGGUGCAUUCUCCUUCAUAAUAAUUACAGGUAUCCUUUCAGUGAACCCUACAUUAGGUGCCUUGUAGUUUCCUAGUUUUGAGCUAUUUUGGAAAUUCAGGAAUGAGAAUAUUGCUAGAAGGUAAAAGAAUCUCUUAAAUACUAGGUGGUGCAUGAGUUGGACAUAAGCUGGAAAUACAGCAGUUCUUUGGAAUGAAUUCCUCAGUGUGGUCCAAGGGUACUCGGAACUAAUCACCCUGUUUGUGCGAGAUGAAAACGUGUAUUGAUACUACUCGGUGGAGUUAUUUUUCUUUUGCACUCAAAUGAAUGGAGCAAUUGGAAACAAAAUCCAACUACUAUACGGUGACAUUUGAUUGGUUUUGGGGUUGCAUGGAAAAGCUUCUAAAGUGGUUAAUUUGGCAAUCACGUGCUUGGCUUUGUUUACCCGGAUGAAAUGCUGGGAAUCUGUAAAUUGAUGCUUUAUCAUGUGCAUUCCUGCAACAUAUAACAUGCAGUAGCAAUAAUUGGCUCUGUAUUUCCAUUAAAUAAUACAUCAAGAAUUAAAAUAUUGACGGUGUCUCUUUGUAUCUCACAAAUUUAGCUAAUUGUUUUGUAUGUUUCAAGGAUUAGGUACAAUUUAUGCAAGUUAUGACUUUUCUUUAACCUGGCAAGCUGUUUUUCAAAGACAAUGUAGUUUACAGAACCCAGAUUGUUACUCCAAGUAGUUUCCCCUAAGUUAUGUCAGUUAGUGCUUUUUAGGUUCUGAGCUAUGUAAAUAUUUUACUGCUAAAUGCAUAAAGUGCUCUAGGCAGUACUGUGCAACUUCUGCACCUGUAGUGUUAAAUGGUGGUACUGAUAAUUAUAUGUAACUACGGAAAUAAUUCACCACUAAAGAACACAAUAGUCUUACUGUAACCAGGUCUUGAGCAUUGAUGUAGUUGCAACUUGUGCCAGGCUGAGUUUUAAUUUUCCAUUAAUAAAUGCAACAGUGCUUUCAGACAUUUCAGCCCUCAACUGUUCCUUUGUUCUCCAGCCUAACUGGCAGAAUCUGAUUUGUGUUACAUCUUAAUCCAGUCUCAUUUCCAGAAGGAGAGUAAGAGUGAAUGAAGUCCAUCUGUUUUAAGUCAGGAACCAAGGCAACAUUGGACUGUGUGGAGUAAAGGUUUGCACUGUUUGGGGUGGUGGUAGGUCAGAAUAAGGCGAUAUUGUUUGCACCAGGUACUGAUGCUAGCUGAGGGCUAGUCGAUAGUUUUGGAAUGGAGUAUGAUUGAAUGCAUUCAGUUGUUAUUCUCAGCAGUUGUUAAAUGAAAACUUGAAUUGUUGCUUUAUAUUCCAAAAACAAUGCUAACCUUGGACUGGGAAAUUCCUUGGUGCUUUUCCCAGUUCAGUGGUGAUGUUUUACCAGAAGUGCCUUUGAAUUCCUUCCUCACUAUUUCUGCAUAUGCACAGGGCCUCUGUGUACAAGUUGAGUUCUUCAAUAGACUUCCAGCAAAGUCAUAGUGUAGAAUGAGAAGAGAGGAGAGGAGAGGAAUGUUCCCACUCAUUUCAUUUGCAACAAACUGCAUUCUAACAUUCUGUAAUGUAACUUCCAAGAUUGUAUUUACGAAGCCUUUUCACCAAUAUUAAAUUGAUAUGAAAACUAUGCAGCAUUUCUCAGAUAUUAAUAACACUUGUGGAACACUUGCAUUAUGAACUCCAUUGAAAGUUUAAAAAAAAUUUUGUAAGGCUUUUUACAGUCUUCAUGUAAACAUUAACAGUGAAAAUGCUAAUAUCAGGAUCAAAGCAAAUGAAUUAGUUACAAUAACUUUUUAAACUUCCCAUUGAUGUUUACCUUUGAUUUGUAUAUAUACAAAAAAAUAAAAAAUAUU